AUGUCCGUCACAAAAUCCCACCACAAUCUUGAUGUAGUACAUCAUGGAAUAGUAUUGAUUAGUGAUGGAGGCUCAUCAUCACGCCCCUCAAGAUUGCUGCUUUCAAAAGAUGAAUUGUGCAUUCAAGUAAUCGAUGAUGGAACUGCAGAGCCUGAAGAAAUAAAGGAACCUCUUAUGGAAAAUUCAACACGACAAGUAACAUUAUGCAAAAAACCUGGAGCAGGAUUUGGGUUGUCAAUUAAGGGAGGAUCCGAAAACUCGCAGCAUUUGCCAAUAGUAAUCUCAAAAAUUUUUCCCGGACUGCCAGCUGAUGAAUGUGGAGAAUUAUUUGUCGGAGAUGCUAUUGUUGAAGUCAAUGGAACUUCAAUUGAAGGUCAAAGCCAUGAUGAGGUGGUGAAUAUGUUGAAAUCAAGCGGUGAUCAAGUUACACUAGGUGUGCGCCACUACACCCAUAUGACGCCAUUUCUGAAGCCGGCACAAUCAUUGCAACCAGAUAGCACACUUGAUCAGCUUUUUGAGCCAAAGAAUUUGAGGUCCAAAAAAUCCACAUCUGAAGUAGCGUUAGAUUCAAAAUGGGCUCAACUAGAUGGAAGAGAAAAGAAAUGGAAGACACUCACAUCGCUUCCUCUUGCAAUGGCAUAUGUUACCAGAUACCUCUGGGGAACAGACAACAUCAGGACAAAUUCAUUCGAAGUUCGAGCAGUAGAUGGAAGAUCAUCGGGAAUUGUGCACUGCCAAGACACCUCUGCGUUAGAACAAUGGAUUUCGCAUAUCACUAAGCAUAUUUUAUCGUUGAAUCAUAAAAGUAUUAAAAUGAGCAACAAAUAUUUACAUCAAAGUGAACAGAUAAGUUAUAUUGGAUGGGUAAAUGAAUAUUUGAACGAUGAUGAUCAGGAUGAAUUCAAAAUUCGUUGGCAGCCAAGGUUUUUGAUUUUGAAGGGAAGCGAUGUGUGUUUUUUUGAUGUUCCACCGCUGAACUCCGAAGACUUAAACAAAUGUGUAUACCUCUACAAAUGUUACGAUGUUGCUGUGAAAAUGGUUCCAAAUUCGAAUCCGAGAAGAGACAAACGAGAAAAUUGUUUUCUUGUUGAGACACCAUUACCGACACCAAAUCAUUAUUUAUCGUUUGAGUCAGCAUCAGCUUUCGAUCUCUUUGAGCAGGCAUAUUAUAGGACAGUGUACAACACGAUCACACAAAUGCAGUCUCGAACAUUUGCUUGCAAUUUUGAAGGAAGACCGAGCGGAAUUGUGUUUGAUAUCAAACAAGGAAUUAGCUUGUAUGACAUUCCAACGAAGAGCUAUAUCUGGCAAUAUCGGUUUCGCGACCUCAACGCUGUAGCGGAUGAUGGAAAGCUUUGUGUUCAGCUGUCAUUCCAUGAUGAACGAUCAUUGAACGCCGAGAAAAUUGAAGUCAAGGAUAUCGAGUGUGAAGACGUCGUCACGAUUGCCUUCAAUCUUCACUCGUUUGUUCUUGCUAAAAUCGUGUCAAGCGAUCCGGAUUACUUGAAGCAGAAACGAUAUGUAGGAAAUGCCGAAUAA